AUGCACAGUGCACAGGAUUAGUGUUAGCAAGACGGGCAGCGAGUGGCAGGCAGAGCAUCCAUGAGCCAAGGAAUGCAACUGUGACAUAUGGUACAAUUUGGGAUGUAGACAUGUUUGAUGCCUGAAGCCCAAUGGGGUCUGGAGCGAGCCAGAAAGAAGAUUCAGACACGGCCCCUUCCUCACAGGCCCAAACCGAGUCCUCAGAUUCAAGCGACUGGCCCUCACGCCCACCUACCAUCCUUAUCACCGCACCGUCACGUGACGACAUCUACGCCUCGCCAUCCAACUUAACCAUAGCUGAUGCUGUCAAAGAUCGGAGGCCUCCGUCACAACCAUUUGUUGUUGGCAAAAAAUUUAUGCAAGAAAAAUGAAGAGAAAUCUCCUUCCCCCGAUGCUGCAAAAUAAGCCACAUUGGAGCCAAAGAACGAUGCAAAGGUGAGAGACGCUAUUGAGUUCAAGAAAUAACUCCUAGGGCUUGGGCUACCUUGCUGGAUUUCUCUAAUUUGGGUUCCAGGUCCAUUACUACAAAAGACGUAUGCUGGACCACUCCUCUUCAAAGAUGGCCACGGCGUGUUGAGGAAGAAAUAGUUUGGGGGGAGGAGCUCCGAGAAAGCGCUGUUGUCACCGGGGCAAAGCCACGUUUCUGUCAGGAAAAGCAAAUCAAGUUUAUCAGAGUGGAGAAAAUCAAGCCAAAGCAAGCAAGCCAAACACAGCGGCGCCAUCUUGCCAUCCCUAUGAGGAAUCACUCUCAUUCCUCCGUGGUGCAUGUGGGCAAUUUAUAAGCUCUCUUUUCCUUCUUCCAAAAUAAUUUUACAUUUUCUUCGCCACUGAAAGAAUAAACACGAAAUCACUUGCUGGGAAGAUAUUUGGAUGGAUGAUUUUUCCCUUUCGAAACAACCUCGAGAUGAACCCAUCAUUGCACUCUGCUUAUAGCUGUUUAAAUUGGAAUAUCACUGCUUUACUUUAACAACUUUAUUAAUAACAAACAAGUUUUGACAGCCUUUUUGUCGUCAGAUUUGUUUAUACGUUGAAUAUAUUGUUCAACAUCUUGGAGGAAAAAAAUGAAAUUAGUUUUUUUACCGCUAUAUUUGCAUUUGUGGAUGAAAAAUGUAGCCAAACUAAUCAAUAGUUAAUAAGAAAAAAAAGCCUUUUCUUCUUUCUUAGAGGAUUUUCCCACGACAAAACAAAGUCCUUGAAGAUGUGAUCACGGCUUUUUGGAGUGUGGACAAUGCCAGAAAAGAUGUAAGACAGUCACUGGCAGGUCCCCACAAAGAGAUAUCAAUAUCAGUAUCAUUCUUAAAUGUGGUCAUAUAGUGAUUAGCGGGAUAAUAUUUGUGAAUAAUUCUGAAAGAUACUUUCCUCACCUUGUUAGUGAUGAGGUACUUGUGAGGAAUCAUCCAUGCCUUAUUCCAAACAAUGUCAUAAACAAUUCCAGUAAGAAAUUACAUGUGAGGUACAGACAACAUCUUUCUGAAAUAAGGCUAUGAUUUUUAGGAGAAGGUGAAAAACACAUCCUUCCCAUAGGUGAGUCAGUUGGGUCACGCAGAGAGACCGACGGGAGUGGAAGGUCAGGAAGAUUUCUAAACAGCAUUAAAGGACCUGUGGCAGGAUGGACUUGGUCAUCCAACCUAAUAGUGCUGCCGCUGUGAUCGUGAGCCAAUCGCCACUAGACAGCACUGCUGAAGUACGCCCCCUUCUGGUCGCCUCAUGCAAGCGGGUUCCUCAGGAAAUUUGGGUCCGUCGAUUAGCAUGGACAUCACAGGAGAGGAAGAACCGGAGCCAAUAAAGCUCAAAUCCAUCAAGAACAAAGUAUUUACAGUGCCUAAAAAUGACCGGUUUGGGAGCUGCCGAAGUGUCCGAGAGUUUGAAAAACUCAACCGAAUAGGGGAGGGAACGUACGGCAUCGUGUACCGCGCCCGUGACACCAAGUCUGAUGAAAUUGUAGCUCUGAAGAAGGUUCGCAUGGAUAAAGAGAAAGAUGGAAUCCCCAUCAGCAGCCUCAGGGAGAUCACCUUCUUGCUGCGACUCAGACAUCCCAACAUCGUGGAGCUGAAGGAGGUGGUUGUGGGAAGCCAUCUGGAGAGUUUGUUCCUGGUGAUGAGUUACUGUGAACAGGACCUGGCCAGCCUGCUGGAGAACAUGCAGACACCUUUCACCGAGGCUCAGGUGAAAUGUAUCAUCUUGCAGUUGUUGAGAGGUUUGGGGUAUCUCCAUCACAAUUUCAUCAUUCACAGUGAUUACGAUCCGAGAUCACCGGCAGCAAAUGGCGAAAAUCGGGUCGCGGGUAUGCUGGAGCCUGUCCCAGCUGACUUUGGGCGAGAGGCGGGGUACACCCUGGACUGGUGGCUAGCCAACGGCAGCCUGGACCUGAAGGUGUCCAAUCUGCUGAUGACAGACAAAGGCUGCGUGAAGAUCGCUGAUUUUGGACUGGCUCGUAUGUACGGUAUCCCCCAGCAGCCUAUGACGCCCCGAGUUGUCACACUGUGGUACAGAGCUCCAGAACUUCUCCUUGGAAGUAAGACUCAGACGACGGCGCUGGACAUGUGGGCUGUGGGUUGCAUCCUGGCAGAGCUGCUGGCCCACAAACCUCUACUGCCUGGAACAUCUGAGAUCCAGCAAGUGGACCUCAUCGUGCAGCUACUGGGGACGCCAAACAAGAACAUUUGGCCAGGUUUUUCUGCGCUGCCUCUCAUUGGUCAGUACAGUCUAAGGAAGCAGCCGUACAACAACCUGAAGAAUAAGUUCACCUGGCUGUCUGAAGCUGGACACAGGCUGCUCAACCUGCUCUUCAUGUACAACCCACAGCGCAGAGCAACUGCCAACGAUUGUUUAGAGAGUUCCUACUUCAAGGAGAAACCUUUACCCUGUGAGCCCGAGCUGAUGCCAACCUUCCCUCACCAUCGCAACAAACGUGCUGCCUAUCAGCCAGAGGGACAAUCCAAAUGCAGCAAGGUCUGACCCAUCCGUGACUCAGCAAAACCCAGACUCCAUGAGCUUCAUCCCAGCACAAAUCCAUGACUCGACACAAGGGUAGCAUUUGUCUGUUGUAUUUGAGCCUAUCCACAUGCUCCUCUGUCCUGAUAGUCCAGAGUGAAACCAUGCUUACUUUUCAUAAGACUCUCAGUAAACAUUUAAGUCAUACCACAAAAUAAGAGAAUAUUUCAACAUUCUGUACAAUACUUCCUGUUAUGUUCAGUCAAGGUGAAUAUAGUUGACAAAUAAAGCUACACUACUCAAGUAAUAUGUGUUGUACCUGCAGGGAUUCCCAGUGUGUCAGUGUGGGGAAAAAAACAUAUGUAAGUUGCUCCGGAGUAUAAAUAGCAGGACCAGCUAAACCAUGAAAAAAAAGUGUGACUUAUAGUCUGGAAAAUACGGUACUCCCUCCGCAAGAAGACAUCUUGCAUUUAAUCAAAUAUGGCAAAGCAAAAAAAAAAAAAAAUUGGAACUGAAAGUUGGAUGUUUAAAACGAGCUAGACACCAAAGUAUGGCUUCCGGCAACAGAAGCCCAGGAAGGAGGAGGAGUCAGAUGGGCUGUCAUGGAAAACCAAACCCCUGCAUGGCAUGUACCACCCACAAAUUGAAGACAUGGCUGACAUCAGGAAAACAUAGCAGUGGCACUAAUCAUGGCAGCACAAGAACACAAGCUCAAUUGACGCUGGGCUCUACCACACCAGCCAGGACUACAGGUGCAGGCGGUGCAAAGUGCAGCACACCACAGCAGUACGGAAAAUGCUGGCAGGGAGCAGCACAACCAGGUAGCAGGAAUAGCGCACCGGAACAUGAACUGGAGUUCUCACAAUCAAGAUGGUAGACAACAUCAAAGGCAGUCAAGAAUGAUCAGGCCAAGAUCCUGUGGGGCUUCCAGAUCCAGACUGACAAACUGGUGAUGGCCAAGCAGCCUCAGAUAGAUCGUGCUGGUGGAUAACCAACAGAAGACAAUCAUAGCAACUUAUGAGGCACACAACUUGCUCAAAAUAUUAGGUGAAAAACUAACGGUCAUAGUGUGAUUGAUGACUUGUAAACAUGUGUGGUGGUGGUCCUCUUUUUUUUUUUUUUUUUUUUAUCCGGAGAGAUCAUUCUGAAACUCCUGCUGUUUUCCUACAGCUGGCUCUAGGGGGCAUAGGAGUGAUGGCGUCCUGGGGGUCCGUUAGGUAUACACAUAUGUAGUGAACAUUUUAUGUGCCAUUUGGGAAUCAUGCAUUUGUUUCCCUAGCAAUAAAUUGUGACCCCCGGGGGUCCCGUUAGGUAUAAACGUGUGGAAUGUAAGUGAUACUGUCAAGGUGGAGGUGAUAUAGAGUAGUUUGACCAACAGCAAUGUGUGUGACACAUGGAAAAGGAGACUGCUGGUCCCUCUGGUGUUUUAAGAAAUGCAUGAGUAGGCACUUGUUGACACUUGUCCUGGAAAGUUGGGACAAGCCACAGGUAGCAUGAUUGCUCAACAAACAGCGUCAUGAGAGUUUUGGCACAUAAACAGCAAAUGUAUGACGUGUCUGUAUGAGCGUUUUACAAUUACAGUGGAAGCUCUGAAGAUCAACACUCCAAAAGUGUACCUCACACAUGUUUCAUUACCAUGAUUCGUUUUCUAUGAGCAGCCAGCCAUGUUCCAUAUAUAUACGUGUACAGUAUGUAUAUUUAUAUGUGUGUAUAUAUGUAGCCUGAGGAAAAGGAAAUUUUAAAAAGUAUCAGAAGUUUAAAUAUUAAGAGAAGAAAAUAUACAAGUUGAACUAUUUGAAAAAAAAUCAACAGCAGAAAUUUUACUGAGUAAAGCCAAAAAUAUUAAGCGAAAGAAAAAAUAGUUUUCUAAUGAGAAAAAAGUUGCAAUUUUAUGAGAAUAAACUUGUAACAUGAGGAAAAAUAUCAUUUUAGUAACAACUUUGAAAUAAAGAAAAAAUUACAUUGUUUUAAAAGAUGAAAAAUAUUAUGGGAAUAAAGUUAUAAUUAGACUGCUGUGGAGCCACAUGGUUCUUUACCGUGUCUGCUCAAUUAAGUUGUUUGUUUUUUUUUGGCGCAACGAACUAUUUGUCUACAUUGUGACACUUUGGAAUAAAACAUUUAGUUUAUGCAACUAACUGGACUUUGUGUGGAUUACACCAUGAUUGGACACGAGUAAGCCAGGAC